AAAUGGUGAUGCAUCCUUGAUCAUUGAUUUACGGCGCUGGUACUCCGUCAAUUCAAGCCAAGACAUCAAGGGCAGCGGUGCCAUGAAGUCUAUCAUCGUCGCCCUCGCGCUCAGCAGCGCCACGGCCCUGGUCGCGCCGUCAGCGCCGCGUAUGCCCACUGCUUUACAAGCUGCGACCAAGGACCCGGCCACGACCUCCUACCAGCCGACGGAGGGCGCCAACGCCGCCGUGGACACGAAUAAUAAGGGAGACGCCUGGGUGAGCCAGAUGCAGCGGCCGCGGAGGAACCGCAAGUCCGCCGGCGUCCGGUCGAUGGUGCGCGAAAACUUUUUGACACCGGCCAACCUCAUGCAGCCCAUUUUUAUUCAUGAAGAUUCGGACCAAGUGGUUCCUAUUCCCUCGAUGCCUGGACAGAGCAGACACACGCUCGACUCCAUGGUCGAGCAGGUGAAAAAGGGCAUGGCGUUAGGUGUCAAGUCCUUCAUCUUGUUCCCGAAAGUACCUGAUGACUUAAAGACGAAUUUUGCUGAUGAGUGCUACAAUCCCGACGGGAUUGUUCCUAGAGCGGUCGCCAUGUGCAAGGCCGCGUGCCCGGAGGCGACGAUCUGCACUGAUAUUGCUUUAGACCCUUAUUCGGACCAAGGGCACGACGGCAUUGUACUGGAUGGCAAGAUCGUCAACGACAUGACCAUCGAGCAGCUCUGCAAGCAGGCCGUCUGCCACGCGCGCGCGGGCGCGGACUUCGUCGGACCGUCGGACAUGAUGGACGGGCGCGUGGGCGCUUUACGUAUGGCGUUGGAUGCGGAGGGCCACACGGACGUCGGCAUCAUCUCCUACUCCGCGAAGUACGCGUCGGCCUUCUACGGCCCCUUCCGAGAUGCGUUGGAUUCGCACCCGGGUUUCGGAGAUAAAAAAACCUACCAGCAGGACCCGGCGAAUGGCAGGGAAGCGAUCAUCGAGGCGACCUUGGAUGCGGCGGAAGGUGCCGAUAUGUUGAUGGUGAAACCGGGCGUGCCUUACUUAGAUGUGAUUCGCAGAAUCAGAGACGUCGUGGACCUGCCGAUCGCGGCCUACCACGUGUCGGGCGAGUACGCGAUGAUCAAGGCCGGCGCGGAAAAGGGCUGGGUCGACGAGAAGGCGAUCGUCCUCGAGACGCUCAUGUGCUUCCGGCGCGCGGGCGCGGACGUCAUCCUGACGUACUACGCGACGGACGCGGCGCAGUGGAUGAACGACGAGGGCAACGUGUGCCUCUAAUCGCGUAAGUUUCACAAGACAUCUU